GUUCAUGUACUGGACAGACUGGGGAGAGGUACCAAAGAUAGAACGAGCUGGGAUGGAUGGUUCAAGCCGCUCCAUUAUCGUUAACACGGACAUAUAUUGGCCAAACGGACUGACGUUGGAUUAUGAGGAACAGAAACUCUAUUGGGCAGAUGCUAAACUGAAUUUCAUCCACAAAUCAAAUCUGGAUGGAAGUCAUAGGCAAGCAGUGGUUAAAGGCUCCCUUCCACAUCCCUUUGCUUUGACACUGUUUGGGGACACAUUGUACUGGACUGACUGGAACACACAUUCGAUCUUGGCCUGCAGCAAGUACUCCGGGGAGGACCUGCGUGAAAUACAUUCCAACAUCUUCUCUCCCAUGGAUAUCCAUGCCUUCAGCCAGAAGAGGCAGCCAAAUGCUACAAACCCAUGUGGAAUUAAUAAUGGUGGCUGCUCCCACUUGUGUUUGAUGUCUCCUACCAAGCCCUCUUAUCAGUGUGCAUGUCCCACUGGCGUGAAACUUCUGGAGAAUGGAAAGACCUGCAAAGAUGGCGCCACUGCACUGCUGCUGCUGGCCCGCCGGACGGACCUGAGGCGCAUUUCCUUGGACACCCCCGAUUUCACGGACAUCGUGCUGCCGCUGGAGGACAUCCGGCACGCCAUCGCCAUCGACUUUGAUCCCCUGGAAGGAUACAUCUACUGGACGGAUGAUGAAGUGAGGGCCAUCCGCCGCUCCUUCCUCGACGGCUCAGGCAGCCAGUUCGUGGUCACCGCUCAGAUCGCUCACCCCGAUGGCAUCGCUGUGGACUGGGUGGCCCGCAACCUGUACUGGACAGACACAGGCACGGACCGCAUCGAAGUCACCAGGCUUAAUGGGACCAUGAGGAAAAUCUUGAUAUCAGAAGACCUGGAAGAACCCAGAGCUAUUGUGCUGGAUCCCAUGGUUGGGUAUAUGUACUGGACUGACUGGGGAGAAAUCCCAAAAAUUGAGAGGGCAGCAUUGGAUGGCUCAGACAGAAUUGUACUGGUGAACACCUCGCUUGGCUGGCCAAAUGGGUUGGCUCUGGACUAUGCAGAAAGCAAAAUAUACUGGGGAGAUGCCAAAACAGACAAAAUAGAGGUCAUGAAUUCUGAUGGAACUGGUAGGAGAGUCCUGGUGGAAGACAAGCUGCCUCAUAUAUUUGGAUUCACUCUGUUGGGAGACUACAUUUACUGGACAGACUGGCAGAGGCGCAGCAUUGAGCGUGUGCACAAGUGCACGGCAGAGAGAGAGAUCAUCAUCGAUCAGCUGCCCGACCUGAUGGGCCUGAAAGCCACCAACGUCCACCAGAUCAUUGGUACAAACCCCUGUGCAGAAGACAACGGCGGCUGCAGCCACCUGUGUCUGUACCGACCACAAGGCCUUCGCUGCGCCUGCCCCAUCGGCCUCGAGCUCAUCAGUGACAUGAGGACCUGCAUCGUCCCAGAAGCUUUCCUGCUCUUUUCCAGGAGAGCAGACAUCAGGCGCAUCUCUCUCGAAACCAACAAUAACAACGUUGCUAUUCCUCUCACUGGGGUCAAGGAAGCUUCUGCUCUGGAUUUUGAUGUGACAGACAAUCGCAUUUACUGGACUGACAUUUCACUGAAGACCAUCAGCAGAGCAUUUAUGAAUGGCAGCGCGCUGGAACACGUUGUGGAGUUUGGCUUGGAUUAUCCCGAGGGCAUGGCUGUGGACUGGCUGGGGAAGAACUUGUACUGGGCUGACACUGGCACAAACCGCAUCGAGGUGUCCAAGCUGGACGGGCAGCACCGCCAGGUGCUCGUGUGGAAGGAUCUCGACAGUCCCCGGGCACUGGCACUGGACCCUGCUGAGGGGUUCAUGUACUGGACUGAGUGGGGUGGCAAGCCAAAGAUUGACAGAGCUGCUAUGGAUGGCAGUGAGAGGACCACGCUAGUCCCAAACGUGGGACGUGCUAACGGCCUGACCAUUGACUAUGCCAAGAGACGCCUGUACUGGACUGACCUGGACACCAACCUCAUAGAGUCCUCCAACAUGUUAGGCCUUGACCGUGAGAUCAUAGCUGAUGAUUUGCCUCACCCCUUUGGCCUGACCCAGUACCAGGAUUACAUUUACUGGACAGACUGGAGCCGGCGCAGCAUCGAACGAGCCAACAAGACCAGUGGCCAGAACCGAACCAUUAUCCAGGGGCACUUGGAUUAUGUUAUGGACAUUCUGGUCUUCCACUCCUCCAGGCAGGCAGGCUGGAACGAGUGUGCCUCCAGCAAUGGUCACUGCUCUCACCUGUGCCUGGCAGUCCCCGUGGGAGGGUUUGUCUGUGGCUGCCCAGCUCACUAUUCCUUGAACCCUGACAACAGGACCUGCAGUGCUCCUACCACCUUUCUGUUGUUCAGUCAGAAGAACGCGAUUAAUCGCAUGGUGAUAGAUGAGCAGCAGAGCCCAGAUAUCAUACUCCCUAUCCACAGCCUCCGCAAUGUCCGAGCCAUUGAUUACGACCCCCUGGAUAAGCAGCUCUACUGGAUCGACUCUCGGCAGAACAUCAUCCGGAAGGCACAGGAAGAUGGCAGCCAGAGCCUCACUGUUGUGACAAGUCUAGUUCCCAAUCAGAACCUGGAUAUGCAGCCCUACGACCUGAGCAUUGACAUCUACAGCCGCUACAUCUACUGGACCUGCGAGGCCACCAACGUCAUCAACGUGACUCGCCUGGAUGGGAGACCCAUGGGAGUGGUGCUCAAGGGGGAUCAGGAUAGGCCCAGAGCCAUUGUGGUGAAUCCAGAGAAAGGAUAUAUGUAUUUUACCAACCUGCAGGAGAGAUCUCCUAAAAUUGAGAGAGCAGCAUUGGAUGGAACUGAGCGAGAAGUCCUUUUUUUCAGUGGUUUGAGCAAGCCCAUUGCCUUAGCAAUUGACAGCCAGCUGGGCAAGUUGUUCUGGGCUGACUCAGAUCUGCGCAGAAUUGAAAGCAGUGACCUUUCAGGUGCUAACCGGAUUGUUUUGGAAGACUCCAAUAUCUUGCAGCCUGUGGGACUAACUGUAUUUGAGAACUGGCUGUACUGGAUUGACAGGCAGCAGCAGAUGAUUGAAAAGAUUGAUAUGACCGGUCGAGAAGGACGUACAAAGGUCCAGGCUCGUAUUGCACAACUCAGUGACAUCCAUGCUGUGAAGGAGCUCAACCUGCAGGAAUACAGACAACAUCCGUGCUCUCAAGAUAAUGGUGGCUGCUCCCACAUUUGCAUUGUGAAGGGGGAUGGCACCACGCGCUGCUCUUGCCCUGUGCACCUGGUGCUGCUGCAGGAUGAGCUGUCCUGUGGAGAACCACCAACAUGCUCCCCUCAGCAGUUCACCUGUUUCACAGGUGAGAUUGAUUGCAUCCCGGUGGCGUGGCGCUGCGAUGGGUUCACUGAGUGUGAAGACCACAGUGAUGAGAAGAACUGCCCGGUGUGCUCUGACACCCAGUUCCAGUGUGAGAGUGGGCAGUGCAUAGACAGUGCCCUGCGCUGCAACGGGGAAGCAAAUUGUCAGGACAACUCAGACGAGAAGAACUGCGAAGUGCUGUGUUUAACGGAUCAGUUCCGCUGUGCCAGUGGGCAGUGCAUUGGGAAAAGCAAGAAGUGUGAUCACAACCUGGACUGCAGUGACAGCUCUGAUGAGCAAGGAUGCUGUAAGUACACAACAGAGGAACCCGCACCACAGCCCAACAACACCAUAGGCUCCAUCAUUGGUGUGAUCCUUACAGUCUUUGUGGUGGGAGCAAUGUACUUCAUCUGCCAGAGGGUGCUGUGCCCACGCAUGAAGGGGGAUGGGGAAACCAUGACCAAUGAUUAUGUGGUGCACGGGCCAGCCUCGGUACCUCUGGGCUAUGUGCCUCACCCAAGCUCUCUGUCAGGGUCUCUCCCUGGUAUGUCUCGAGGUAAAUCUGUCAUCAGCUCCCUCAGCAUUAUGGGAGGGAGCAGUGGCCCACCCUAUGACAGGGCCCAUGUUACGGGAGCCUCCUCCAGUAGUUCUUCAAGUACCAAAGGCACUUACUUUCCUCCAAUUUUGAACCCACCACCAUCACCAGCUACUGAACGUUCACACUACACCAUGGAAUUUGGUUAUUCUUCAAACAGCCCAUCCACUCAUAGAUCCUACAGCUACCGGCCCUACAGCUACCGGCACUUCGCGCCGCCCACGACGCCCUGCAGCACGGACGUGUGCGACAGCGACUACGGCCCGAGCCGCCGGGUCCCCGCGGCCGCCGCCAAGGGCUACACCAGCGACCUCAACUACGACUCGGAGCCGGUGCCGCCGCCGCCCACGCCGCGCAGCCAGUACCUGUCAGCCGAGGAGAACUGCGAGAGCUGCCCGCCGUCCCCCUACACCGAGCGCAGCUACUCGCACCACCUGUACCCACCGCCGCCGUCCCCCUGCACCGACUCGUCCUGAGAGCCAGCCCCCCGCCCCGCGCCCUCCGCUCCGCGCUGUAAAUACUAAAGGUUCUGCUGGGGACGGGGGGAGGGAGGGAGCCCAGGAUGGGGGAGCACAGUGUACAGUUAAGUGCUGGGCGGAGG